AUGACUGAAUCUAGACGUUACAUUCUGGAUAUUGAAGGCACUGUCUGUCCCAUCUCGUUUGUGAAGUCUGAGUUAUUCCCUUAUUUCCUUGAACAACUUGCUGAUGUUAUUUUGAAUGUACACAAACAAGACGCUACAAUCCAGGGGAUUGUAGCCAAGUUCGGGAUCACCGACAGCACCGCAUUGCUGGUGCACAUCCGUCGACUAGUCGAAGCCGAUGUGAAGGACCCUGUAUUGAAAGAGUUGCAAGGCUACGUGUGGUCGCGUGGGUACCACAGCGGCGACAUCAAAGCGCCGGUGUACCCGGACGCCAUUGGCUUCAUCAAAGACCCGCGCAACAAGAUAUACAUCUACUCUAGCGGCUCCGUUAAGGCCCAAAAACUGUUGUUCCGCUUUGUCAAGGACGCGGACACCGGGACAGUGGAUCUGACACCACACAUUCUUGGUUAUUAUGACAUUACCACCUCAGGCAGAAAAAUCGACCCGCAGUCGUAUCGCAAUAUUGUGAGCGACAUCAAUAGCAUCGAGAGCACAAACAACAGGGAAUCGACAUUCUUGUUUCUCAGUGAUAACACAUUAGAGAUCGACGCUGCCAACGAAGCUGGACUCUCAACAAGAUUAGUUAUCAGGGAGGGAAACCAACCGAUCCCCGCCGAGAAACUGUCCACCUACCACACAAUACACAGUUGCCAUGAGUUGCAAUAA